CGUAAGCAAAGCCAGUAGCGCAUUAAAGAACGGUCCCUUGAGGAAAAUGGACGUCAGCAUGUUAAGUUUAAUACUCCAAUGGUUAUUAUAUAUAACAGUGUUCGCUAUAGCUGCAUUUGUUUGGUUUGUUUAUCGAAGAUUUCAGUACUGGAAAGAUCGCGGUAUUAUUUAUGAGGAGCCAACAUUUCCUCUCGGUAACCUAGGAUUUAUUAUGAGAAAAAGUUUUUGGGACUUUUGUUUCGCGUUAAAAGACAAGUAUUCAAGAGAGUAUGAGGGAGCAUUUUUGGCUUGGAAGCCCGUUCUCUUUGUGAAUACGCCGGAACUGGCGAGACGGGUCCUAGUGAAAGACCAUGAAUACUUUCAAGACAGAUAUUUAUACUCCGGAUAUUCGGAUCCUCUGGGUUCGUUAAACCUCUUCACCGUGAAGAAUCCAAUAUGGUCAGCUAUGAGACACGAACUAUCACCAAUGUUUACAUCGUUACGUUUGAAGAAGAUCACAGAACUGAUGAAUAUCAACUCAACGCAGCUAAUCAACAGGAUUGAAAAACAUUACAUUAAAGGAAAGAAAAGUGUAAACUUAAAGGAACUGUUUUCAAUGUACACAUCAGACACAGUGGCAUAUAGCGUUUUCGGACUAAGAGUGAGCGUGCUCAACGACCAUCCGUCGCCUUUAUGGGCAAUUACUAGCCACAUGGUGAAAUGGACCUUUUGGCGUGGUCUAGAGUUCACCAUGAUAUUUUUCAUGCCCGCAAUUGCAUGCUUGUUAAGAUUAAAGUUCUUCUCAGUUGGCGCUUCUAAUUAUAUUAAAGAAAUAUUUUGGAAUGUCGUCAACGAACGUAAAUCAAAGGGAACGAGCAGCGAUAAGGAUCUCGUUAAUCAUUUGCUGAAAUUAAAGGAGAACCUCAAACUUCCCGCGAACGCAGGAACUCAAUUCGCUGACGACUUGAUGUUAGCGCAAGUUGCUGUAUUUAUAUUAGGCUCUGUUGAAACUUCAUCAACCACACUUUCUUACUGCCUCCAUGAACUUGCAUACCACCCUGAAGAACAGGAAAAGUUAUUCAAAGAGAUCGACGAAGCACAUAAAACAACCGGAAAAGACAUUUUAGAGUAUGAUGAACUAAUGCAAUUGAAAUAUUUAUCUUCCUGUCUUCAUGAAACACUACGUAAAUAUCCACCAGUUGCUUACCUGGAUAGAAUAUGUAAUAAGGAGUAUAAACUUAACGAUGACGUUACAAUUGAAAAAGGCAUACCAGUAUUUGUAAAUGCAAUCGCAAUACAUUAUGACGAAAAGAUAUUCCCUGAACCUGAGAAGUGGCGUCCCGAGAGAAUGAACGCGUCGUCGGACAAUGAUAAUCUUCAAUUUACCUUCUUGCCUUUCGGAGAAGGACCCCGGUUUUGUAUAGGAAAGCGAUAUGGAAUGAUGCAAAUGCGAACAGCUUUGGCUCAGGUAGUACAUAAAUACAAAUUGGAGCCUGCAAGCUCUUAUAAGGUGGAAAGCGAUCCAUACAGCGUAAUUCUAGCGCCUGCCAACGGUUGUACUGUAAAAUUUGUACCACGAUAAAUCUCUUAAGAAUUUUGCUGAUAACGUUUAUAUGACACAGAAGAUUAUGUAUGCUUGAAUAGUUUAAUAUAACCUAUACAAUUAA